AUGCCACUGCACUUUCCUCUCCAGCCUGGCCACAUUCUCUUCCUCGCAAACGUACUUGGGCACCUUACUAUCCAACACCAUACGGGCUUUGGAAACGCGGGCAGCUGCUUCACAAGGACCCCCCUAUUUAAGCAGCCCCUUCGCACAAAUGUGUCCGGUCGUACUGUGCCGAAUAAACGGGCGGGGGUCGCAUCCCUGCGAUUCUCAAAAUGCGCCUGUACAAGUGUAUAUAAAUUUUGUUUGCGGAAAAGGACGAGACGCUUCCUCUUCACGCGGCAGUUUCACGAUCCCAGUGUUGCAAGCUACGACGAACUUACAAGGGGGUUACCAAAGGGCUACCGGGGGUUGAAGAGUUGCAUGGAGUUGCGCCACAACGAAACAAUGAAGACUGCAAUUUUUGGGCGGGGCCCCAGCGCGAAGCGCCCAGGAUGGAUGCGAUUCGCGUCGAGCCCGCAGGCGGUGCUGACGAUUCCGCCGGUGCAAGCUUAGCUCUCACACCAUCAGCACUGCUCCAACAAAGCACAUCUCCCACCGCGUUGACACUACCCAUCAAUUGUCACACGUGCCGCGCUAGCUACCGGCCUGUACGGAUGCAGGGGGGGCCCGCCCUUUUUCCGGCUUCGAGGAAGCCGACACCCGACUUGUU